AUGACCAGUUGCUGCAGAAUCUCGCCCAGGGACUGGUCGAGCCUGCUUAUCACAUACCGAACCUGCACGUAUGGCGAGUCCGAAAAGUGUCCGCUGACAACGAUAUCGCUGACGAAGUUUUCGAGGACGACGACGCCUACCAGAAGGAGCUCGCGGCGCAGCUGCAGCAGAACGGCGCGAGUCGGCUUGCGCCCUUUCAGCACGGCAACGAGCAGCUGCGCGCGAUUAAGGAGACCAAUACGGCAGACAGCCUUCCACCGCUCAAUACCAGCGAAGGCACGAGCCAGCGGGUCAUACCAGAGUACGCCAGUGCUGCUGCACCUGUGCCGGAAGGCAGCACGCAUCCACCGGAGGUGA